UUUAUCUUCAGUAUGCUUUUGAUCGAGUUCGGUGACCGGCUUAUAUUCGACGAGCUUUUACGCGACUCGGCGUGUUUUUUAAUUCUCGUUACGUAAUGUAAUAAUCAUUUUUCGAAAUCGACCAUUUUCUUCGGAAUAUUUCGUGGUUUUCGAUUUUUUUCUCGUACGUAGUUCGUCGUUUCGAUGGAACCCAGUGAUGAUGGGAAAUUUUCACAUUGAUUUUAAAUCGUAAUUAUGAUACGUUCGAAGUUCGUAUCCGGUUUCGAGUUACGAAUGGCAUAAUAGCCAGAAAAAAAAGUGUGGGAAAAAUUCAAAAUCCAGCACACCAUCGUAGAAAAUGAUUUAUUUAUUGUUACCGUUAUUUUUUACCGUGAUUGAAAGCUUACGAGAUGUUGUGGUUGAUAUUCCGGCUGCAGUUACCCCCGGCGAAACCGUCGUCAUGACUUGUACAUAUGAUUUAGAAGGUGAUGAUUUGUAUAGUGUUAAAUGGUAUAAAGGAAGGCAAGAAUUUUAUAGAUAUGUACCAAAAGAAUUACCACAUAUUAAAGUCUUUCCAAUGCUUGGAAUUAAUGUCGAUAUUAGUCAAUCAGGUCCAACCAAAGUAACACUACGAGAAGUACACUGGGAGCUGAGUGGCAAAUACAGAUGCGAAGUUUCCACAGAUGCACCUUAUUUCCAUACUCAAGUGGUGGGAUCGCAUAUGCACGUUGUCAAAGCGCCAUCAGGAAAACCAUCGUUGAGGUUGGAGAAAACUCAUUAUGGUUUAGGAGAAACAGUCCGUGGAAACUGUUCAUCGCCUAUUUCAUCGCCUGCAUCCAACAUUACCUGGCUCGUUAAUAACAAAAAGUUUUUUUCUGUCUUGCAUAGUUCUUCUCAAUCAAACAACAUUAUUGAUCGACCACAUGAAAAAAUUCCGGACAAAAUUAGCAAUUCAGCGCCACCAAAAGAGCAAAUUUCUCAUCUAUGUAUUAUGGUUCUAGCUGGAAUGAAGAUGUUAAGUCAAAACUGCCUUGAAAAAUCGAAAGCGACAAUUUUUCACGAAAGCAUAACUCAGCAUCUACAAACGGCGGGCCCGGGGGACGGAUGAUCUGAGUAUGAUACCAGUGAAAGGAGGUUUUCUGUGACUGGACGUCCACUAUUGUAGGCAGAAAAAAAAACAAAAUUUUGGAAACCAAUAAUUUCUUUCUGUUUUGAAAUCUUUUACACAAUUCAGAUAUCACAACCGGUUACAGUAGAAGUAUGCAUGUCAAAUGCCCAAUUGAGGAGGUGGAUAGCAGAACGCAAUAACUCCAAAAUUACGAAAAUUGAGUUAGAUAUCUAUCCUUAUGUAAAAUUCAACGGGGAAUCCAUUCCCGGUGUCAGAUUUUGUCCAUCAGUUGAACAUCAUAGCGCAAUCGAGGAAAACAAGUCUGAUUUUAGAGCAAAAUGCAUUAAAAAAUGAGAUUUUGUUUGCAAAACGCAAUAACUCCACUACUUUUUAUACAUUUCAGUUGCGCAGAUAUGGUAACACUGUUUUUUUUCAUCGGGUAGAUACUGAAACUCAUUGGGUAGGAGUUACUAAAAAAAAUUGUGCUUUCGUUCCUACUCUCUGAAUGCUAUAUCACAGACAGUAAUUGUUUGAAUUUCGCAUUCCAGCUUUUUAUUGAAAGUUUUCGAUCAAGGCUAUUCUCUACCCCAGUGAAAACGUUCGAAAUAUGAAGCCGAUUUGUUCGUUAUUUUCAUCGUUCGUUCAUAAGAUUGCAUGUAAUCGAGUGAACGAAUUUAGUCGUACUUAUGUCCCGCGACCCGCUCCCAUCUAAACUUCAGACGGGGAUUUCUCCGUGAAUUUUCAAAAUUCUUUCAAUUUUUUUUCACCAAUGCUAAUAAUUUAUCAUUAAAAGCGAGGGUAUGUAGCCAUAUUUUCCAAUUUAGCUUUUCCAACGGAGAUCUGAGCAUCAAUAAUACCUCCAUUCAAUUCCCAAUGACGGCCACAAAAUGACAUAAAUCAAAAAUAUCUCGACAUACCCUCGCUUUUGAAUGUUUUCUGAGUAAAAUAAACCAAACCCCACGAAAAUCCGUCCAGUAGUUUUCGCACAAUCCCCGGCCAAAGUUCGUAGUUUUCAUCAAAAAUUGCUACUGAUAACAGGGGUAGAGAAUAGCCUUAAACAUACUUUUUUUCUAUAAUUUUUCAAAUAAACAAUACGUUUUUUUUGCAGAAAAACACCCAAAAAAAAAUUUGCGUUCAAAACGCAAUAACUUAUUUUUCUAAUCCUCUCUGUGCUUACCCAGGUGACCAAAAUUUUGAAAUCGAGUGGAAAUUUUAUUUAUGGCACCCUCCCCUUUCAUUUGACACCAAUUUUGGAACUCGACCCCCCACCCUUCCCCCCUGACCAUUUUUCCUAAUUUCCCAAAAAAAAACAAAAAUGGAGUUAUUGCGUUCUGCUAUCCACCUCCUCAAUUGUAAAAAAUCGUACGGAAACUUUCAGAUUUUUAAAUGUGGCAUAAAGUGGAGAUUGGACAAACGCAUUUCGUAUAGCUCAAUUUCUAUUCGCAGAUCAGAAUCACAGACCAUACGAGUACACUAAAAUCUGAUGUUUUUUUUUGCCUCAAGUUCGUUUGAAAACGCAUUUCUCAGUUGAUUUAGUCACUUUUCAUGGCACUUUCUGAAUUAUGAAAUUUUUGAAAUGUAGUUGGAGGCUUCAAAACAAUUUCAAAUCAUAUACAUCAUCAUGUCAAAAUUAGGGUACAAAUUAAACACUUUCUGAAUGACGAAAUUUUUGAAAUGUAGUUGGAGGCUUCAAAACAAUUUCAAAUAAUAUACAUCAUCAUGUCAAAAUUAGGGUACAAAUCAAACUGCGGAUUUUCACUUAAUUAUGGAGUGAUUUUUUAGGUACAUACUUUCAACUUUUUAAAUUCUGCUGGAGGCUCCAGAACUGGUGAAAACGGUUCAAAACUGUUUCCUAAUGAUUCGAGAUAUCAACAAUUGAGCACGCACCAAAUUGCAGUUUUCUACGCUAAUUUGGUGUGAUUUAGAUUUUUCAAUAUUCUAUUUGGUUUUGAGGGCAAAAUUAUCUAAAAUUGUAUAUCUAAUUCGCUACCUGUCUGGUUUGGUGUCUGGUGUUCAUCUUCGGAGGUUCUAUGUGGCUGUGUUUGAGGGUACCUUGAGGUAUGGGAUCGCAGUGUGGGGGGGGGGGUGCGGCUACAUGCUGGAUCCGGCCACUACUGAUGCUUCAAAAGCGAGCCGCUCGGUUAGUUGCUAGUGAACGCUGGGACGCUCCCUCUCGGCCAGUUUUCCGUUCUUUGGGUAUCUUUAAGGUGAGGCAAAUUUAUUACAUCACUGUGUUAUCUCUGAUGCACAGGUAUAGAGACGCAUUUGGCUAUGCUGUGGGGGGAGGAUGUACUAGACGUGCUGCGUCAGGUGUUGUUCCGCUCCCUGGCUGGAGAAAGUCAAUGUCUAGGUCAGUUUUUCGAUACUUUGCUGCCCAUCUGUACAACAGUUUGCCAGUGGAAUGUAAAAACGCGAGUGUAAAUAGUUUCAAAAGAAUGAUUCCUAGAUGAAUGAAUGUUAUUGUGGUGUACCGAGCUAUUACAGCAAGUUGUCUGAAAUUAUUGAUUGUAGGGUAUUGUUCACUCUCUGGUUUUUCUAUUUUCUAGUGGCUGAGUGUUGGUUAAUUUUUAUCUACUUAUCUAUCUAUUUGUUUCUUUAUUUCAUUUAUUUUUAUUAUUUUCUUAUUUUUGUUUUUAUUCAUGUCUGUGUAAUGUUGAGAGAACCGAUCCCCCGCUCACCGAAAGGUACUGGUGGGGUCGUAUAUGUAUUUAUAAGAUUGUACUGUAUGAAAGAAAAAUGUAAUAAAUCUAUCUAUCUAUCUA